AUAAAUUAAAAAUCAUGUCUGAGAUGGAAUCAUAAAAGAAUAAGGUCCCAGAUAGACAACAAGUGCUUUUUUUUUAGAGGAAUAUGGCUGACCAUAAUGUCCAACUAAAACAACUUUUGAAAACUCAGGAAAAGAUAACUACACACCAGAAAUUAAUUGAAAUCCAAAUAAGACAAAGUGACCAAAGACUAUUUAAAAGUACAAUAGAUGAAAAUAUGUCUGUUCAAGUCCAACAACUUACCAGGAAAUCUGUUCUGGAGGGAAUGGCUAAGGUGUUAAUCAAAAUCAAAGAAUCAACAGACAAAAAGAUAGAAGCACUGGCUCAUUGUGAUACAGAUACAGACUUCACACUUCACUCAUCAAUGGACAAUUCAAACAGUCAAUCUUAUGGAACAUCACUCUUGAAUUUGAAAAGAGAUAAGUUUGCAGGACCAAUUACAGAACUUUUUACACUUCAAAGAAAUGUAUGAUGCAGGCUGAGCCUAAGUUUUAAGAUAGUGCUGGAGAUUUACUUUGUGCUUAGGAGUUAUUGAAAAUACUGACAGUGCUAAUAGAUUUAAUGGUGCUUUAUUGUUUCCUUAUGUGUCAAAUACAGUUUAUGUGUCAUA